GCUUUUUGGCCAUUCCAGGCCACUGUACACUACCUAGUGUCCCAGGAUCCACCGUUGACUCUCCGGAUUCACCACCUCUGGAGAAGUUAUACAGUGGGAGCGGCGAGGUAGUCUCCCCCUCGUCUGGUCCUUUAUACCCUCUGCCGGGCUGGUUCCAGAGCCUGGUGCUUGAUGUGGCUCAAAAACGCACACGCCAAACCACUCCUUCAAAUGUUGUCCAUGGUGCUGAUGUUGCUACAGGUUCAUCCCGCCAUCAUCCGACUGCGCAAAUGCGCACACGCCACGGAUCCGCAACGCGGAAACAUGUGGCACAGAAAAGACCACGACACGCUCUGGCCACAGCACAAUCUGCCUCUCCACCAACGCAACAAAUCACUAUGGUCGCAUCCAGGCCACCGUCCGAAUUGCUGGCGCCCUCCCCACCACUUCAACUGCAGUCCCCUCAACUUCCAGAUCAAGGCACCAUGACACCCGCACACCAGUCAGAUGUAAUGGAGGAAACUUAUGUCCUUAACCUGCAGCCGGUAGACCCGACAACACCAAGCAUGCCACCUAUGGCUGGUUCUCCGCCGCCAACUACUCCACAACCACAAUUGAGCACAGCCACACCACCGGCACAAAACACACUCCAGGCAUUUUGUGACAGCUGGACAACCCAGCAACCGCAACAUUUGGAGUAUCUUCGCAGACACACCCAGCUGCUGUCAAGUAUUCCCCAUUAUCUCCCCAGAAUAAGUUGCACUAUGGGGGUCAUUCCGAGUUGAUCACUCGCUGCCGUUUUUUGCAGCAUAGCGAUCAGGCUAAAAAUCGGCUGUUCUGCGCAUGCGUAUGGUCCGCAGGGCGCACGCGCAAAGUAAUUUCACACAAAACUAAGCAAUUUUACACAGGGGCGAGCGACGCUUUUCAAUCGCUCUGCUGAUCGGUGAGUGAUUGACAGGAAGUGGGUGUUUCUGGGCGGAAACUGACCGUUUUCCGGGAGUGUGCUAAAAAACGCAGGCGUGUCAGGCUAAAACGCAGGAGUGGCUGGAGAAACGGGAGUGGCUGGCCGAACACAGGGCGUGUUUGUGACGUCAAAUCAGGAACUAAACAGUCUGCAGUGAUCGCAAUCUAGGAGUAGGUCUGGAGCUACUCAGAAACUGCAGGAAAAGAUUUUCAAGCAAUUCUGCUAAUCUUUCGUUAACACUUCUGCUAAGCUAAGAUACACUCCCACAGGGCGGCGGCUUAGCGUUUGCACUGCUGCUAAAAGCAGCUAGCGAGCGAUCAACUCGGAAUGAGGGCCAUUGUGCAGACAAAAUUCUGAGCUCAGCAGAAUUGCCACAUGCAUGGAACAAAUGCGGGCUGAUAACAGCAACAUUAUGCAAACCAUGGCCAGGAUUAUGGACGACCAAAUGAGGCAACAUCAGAACUACCUCAAUCUCCUAGAUACAAACAAUCGCCUAUGUGAAAGUGUGGGCAGAAUCAUAUAACACGGCAUCAAACAUCCAACUGAAUGCAACAUUAAGCAGCCUCAGUCACAAUAUUGCCAACCUACACAACCAACAAGUGAGCACAAGCUCUGAAACCACAACCCCUUUAACUACGCCUACUUCAUCCCCAGUAAGAAGAUCAAGAAGAAGAGCUAAUGUCCCUGGCCCUGACUCUGCCGGAUCUAAGGACCAAACCAAAAAAUAAAUUAAAACAUAAACAGGUGUUGGGUUGUUAGGGGGGUAAAGUUUUUCCGUGUUUAAAAUCUGUUUUUUAGGAUAAUUUUUCCAAAAAAUAAACACAUUUGUUUGCACAAUA